AUGGGAGUAGACUUUGCGUUUCCAGGAGUAGACUUUGCGUCUCCAGGAGUAGACUUUGCGUCUCCAGGAGUAGACUUUGCGUCUCCAGGAGUAGACUUAGCGUCUCCAGGAGUAGACUUUGCGUCUCCAGGAGUAGACUUUGCGUCUCCAGGAGUAGACUUUGCGUCUCCAGGAGUAGACUUUGCGUCUCCAGGAGUAGACUUUGCGUCUCCAGGAGUAGACUUUGCGUCUCCAGGAGUAUACUUUGCGUCUCCAGGAGUAGACUUUGCGUCUCCAGGAGUAUACUUUGCGUCUCCAGGAGUAGACUUUGCGUCUCCAGGAGUAGACUUUGCGUCUCCAGGAGUAGACUUUGCGUCUCCAGGAGUAGACUUUGCGUCUCCAGGAGUAGACUUUGCGUCUCCAGGAGUAGACUUUGCGUCUCCAGGAGUAGACUUUGCGUCUUCCCAUGCCUCUCACCUUCACCCCACUCAUCUCAGCCCAGCUGAUCUCUCUACCUCCCCUGGAUUUCCCCCUUGCUAG